CUGGACUUCCUUAUUUCUGGGUCUGAGACCCCCUGCUAUUGUCUCUCAUUUUCUGUCUACGUUUUCGCAUUUCUCUUCCAUUCUUUCAUAGGAACCUUCACUUCGUUUCUUUCUCUGUUCCAUCCUACUCAACUUAAUCGCCUUUGUCCUUCGUUUGAUCUUGUUCUACUAUAGCUUGUUUCGAUGGCGCGCCAGAAGCAAGCAACGCCCUUGCAACGGGCUACUUCUUCUGAAUUGAUGCAUAUGCCCCCGGAUGGACCUGAUUCACAAUCAAAACAACAGAAUGGCAGUGCGUCCAAAGGACAGGUCACGCAUGAAGCUGCUCUGGAGACUCCAGGUUUGGCGCAACUUGCGAUUUGUGUCCUGGGGAUCUAUGCGUCGUUUCUCUCUUGGGGUGUCCUUCAAGAAGCGAUCACUACGGUCUCAUACCCUGUCCGUCCUCCAACUGCAGCUGAAUCAGAACCUCCUACCGAGCGCUUCACGUUUUCGAUUGUUUUGAACACAAUCCAGUCUACAUUUGCCGCUAUCACUGGCUUCCUGUACCUUUUUUUCUCGACCCCAGCUGGCCAGAAGAUACCAUCGAUCUUCCCGACGAAGAAGAUCUUGUUCCCUCUGUUCCUCGUUAGCAUUUCCUCGUCACUCGCAUCGCCAUUUGGAUACGCCAGUCUUGCGCAUAUUGACUAUCUGACAUUUAUUCUUGCAAAAUCGUGCAAGCUCCUGCCAGUCAUGUUCCUCCAUUUGACCAUCUUCCGAAAAAGGUACCCCUUGUAUAAAUAUGGUGUCGUUCUCCUAGUCACUCUCGGAGUCGCAACUUUCACCCUGCACCACCCGGGUACAAGCAAGAAGGUCGCCGCAUCAGCUGCAAAGAACCAGUCCGGCUCAUCCAUGUGGGGAAUUUUCCUCCUUUCCAUCAAUCUUCUCUUGGACGGCCUCACGAACACUACUCAAGACCAUGUCUUCAGUUCCCCACAGGUCUACACCCGCUUCACGGGGCCGCAGAUGAUGGUAGCGCAGAAUGUCCUCUCGACUCUCCUAACCAGCACGUAUCUCCUUGUGAUGCCCCACCUGUCGUCUACCGGCAUUCUGCAUGCCAUUCUUCCCAUUCCCAUUCCCCCGUCUACUGAGACUGAAUUAACGUCCGCCAUUUCCUUCCUGUCGAGGCAUCCGGAAGCUCUGAAGCAUGUCUUAGGUUUCGCAGCUUGCGGUGCAAUUGGACAGCUGUUUAUCUUCUAUACCCUUUCCCGCUUCUCGUCUCUGCUCUUGGUGACUGUCACUGUCACACGGAAAAUGCUGACUAUGCUCUUGAGUGUCUUCUGGUUCGGCCACUCUCUAUCUGCCGGGCAGUGGCUGGGUGUGGGCCUGGUUUUCGGUGGCAUUGGUGCCGAGGCCAUGGUGCAAAGACAAGAGAAGAAGGCGAAAGAGCGGGCGAAGGCUGCAAAAUGCCAAUAAAGUAAUACUCAGUUCAUGUAUAUAUAGACUUGUUUUGAUAAAAUCACAGCGCUUUUGAUUAGUUCAUGAAUUCGUUAUCGUAG